AUGGCGGGGAAACUAUACCAGCUCAUGUCAAGGCUGCACAUGGCGAGGAGCCGGUCAUCCUCUGCGGCGGACGUGCCGAGAGGGCACUUCGCGGUGUACGUCGGGGAGCAGCGGAGGCGGUUCGUGAUCCCGACGGCGUACCUGAGGAAUCCGUCCUUCCUGGUGCUCCUCAAGAGGGUGGAGGAAGAGUUCGGCUUCGACCACCCUGCCGCCGGCGGCCUCACCAUCAUGCAUCGGCCGGUCCAGCCAUCGAUAUGA